AUGGUUCUCAAGUUUUUAAUUUUCGUUGCCUUGGCAGUCUUCGUCCAAGGAUCAGUCUAUGAAGGAGAUCACAUCCCUAUCGCCUACUCACACCCUUACUUAGGACAACCACCCUAUUAUUCCAGAGUAUCUUACAAACCCAUCGUAGCUCCAGUCACCAAAACUGUGGUACAACCUGCUGUGGCCCACUACGACUUCGGAUACGCCUUAAGCAAUCCCUACGGCGACAACCAUCAAUCACGAGUGGAAUCACGUCGUGGGGAUAUUGUUGCAGGAAGCUACUCCGUUUUGGACGCUGAUGGUACCAAACGUAUUGUUGACUACACGGCUACUCCGCAAGGCGGCUUUAAGGCCGUUGUCAGGAAAGAACCUGGUGUAUUGCCACUAGCUGGAAAGCACAGAGGCGGCUCAACCAUCAACAGGUCUGUUACACCCAUGUCUCUCAAGUGCUAUCAAAAGAUACCAUAUUCUAGCCAGGAGCUCAGAGGCGGUUCAACCACUACCAGGUCUAUUACCCGCUUGUCUCACAGACACAGAACACAACAAUCUAAGCCUGCAGAGCAGGGACCUUAA